UGCAACGAUAAAGUUUCCCAGGGGAUAUAUUUUGCCGGCGUCCCCCUGGCAAACCAGAAAGGGGACACGCAGUUAUGUUUAUGCUGGCGUUCCAUUCAUUUUAUGUCACCUACUUUAUGUAACUACGUAAAUAUUAUUGUAAGAAAACAUGACUCAAAAUCAUCUUUCAGGCAUGGAGACGUCCGCCGUCUCUGUACUGAAGAGGGCGGUGGAGUUGGACCAGAGUGGCCGCUUCCUGGAGUCUCUUGUUUGCUACCAAGAGGGCGUCCAACUGCUCAUAGACGUCUUGAAAGCAGUGAACGAUGAGUCAAAGAAAGGACACUACAGGGAGAAGAUCAAGGGCUACAUUGACAGGGCAGAGCAAAUCAAAGCUCAUGUGAACCAAAUGAAAGAAGACGGGAAGUACCACGAGCAGAUCAAGAUAGCGGAGGAUGCCACAGGUUACAGCUAUGAAGCAGUUUUCAAGCCUUACAUCAGCAACACACUCACAGAAGUGUGGGUGGAAGACCCAUACAUACGACACACUCACCAGCUGUACAACAUCCUGCGGUUCUGCGAGAUGUUACUCAAAGCAUCCUGCAAGGUGAAAACCAUCCAUCUCCUUACAUCAUCAGAUGAGGGCGACGCUAGCCAACAGAGAAGCGCUCUCGGCGAGCUGAAGGACAGCCUCAAUGCUCACGGCGUCACACUGGACCUGCAGUACUCCUCCACCAUCCAUGACAGGGAGAUCAGGUUUGAUAACGGGUGGAUCAUCAAAAUCGGAAGAGGGCUGGAUUACUUCAAGAGACCCAAAGGCCGAUUCUCCAUUGGAUAUUGUGACUACGACCUGAGGCAGUGCCACGAGACCACAGUAGACAUUUUCCACACAAAACACACAAAAACCCUAUGAGGAAGUUGUCCUCAUUUUUUUUAAAACCCUAUGAGAAAGACAUUCUCAUUUUUUAAAUUUCAUAUUGAUCUGUCUUAACACUUGUAAUAUAUAACAAUAAUGUAAUCUCCUAUCAACAUCUGUUGUGAGAUAUUUUUUCAAAUGCUACUCUUGAGAGUUGGAAACUGGGUGUUGGUUAGUAUUGUAAUAAAAAUAUAUUUUUAAAUAUUUUUUUAAUGCAUUAGAAGACCUAGGUUUGAUUCUCCGCUUGGCAUCUCUGUGUGGUGUUUGCAUGCGUGGGUUUUCUGUCCGGGUUUCCUUCCACAUUCCAAAAACAUGCUAGGUUAAUUAGCGACUCCAAAUUGUCCAUAGGUAUGAAUGUGAGUGUGAAUGGUUGUUUGUCUAUAUGUGCCCUGUGAUUGGCUGGCCACCAGUCCAGGGUGUACCCCGCCUCCCCGCCCUGCCUCUAAUUGAAGUAGUAAUCCACACAGCCUACACCGAGUUUCCUUAGUAUAACAUUAAUAGUAUUAUUAUGAGCAUUAUAACAUUUUAUUAUUACAUUUGUGUGUUAACUCUGUGGAGGUUGUUGAGAAAUUGUUUGAAUGAAUUAUAACCCGUGUGACUUCAACCUAUGAUCGGAUUAUCUAUCGGCCUUAAUCUCGAUAUGCACAGUUCUCAUCUGCAUGCCCACGAGGGAAUAUGAUAAUCCUUAAGAGAGGCACAUAAUUAUCACAAUGAAUGUUUGUUUAUAAACUGUUUAUUUCAGUAUGUGCAUGGUGAUAUUAGAGCGAGCCUUACAUGUUAUCUUGAGGUGUAGAUUACAUCAAAUUUAUCCAUGAAUGCAGGAAUAAAGCAAAGGGCUCAAUGCACAUGCUUCAUGGGGUAGAACACACCAACAUCUGGUCCUGUGGGGGGGAUUUGCGUAAUGACAAGCCUCAUCGGGGAAGACAAAUACAAAUAUACUGUUAAAAAAAAAAAAAAAAAGCUUCCCACUUCCGGCUUGCUCCCUCCUCCUUGUUGAUUCCAACCUAGUGGCCUACAUAGUGCUUCCCAUCUCUGGUGUGCGUGAUUCACUUGUGUGUUCCAGGGAUCUAUUAGGGGUAAGGCAUUUUUAAUAAUCCUGUAAUGGCAAAUUAUUACAAUUAACCAACCCUGUGGCGACCAGGGAUGUUUUUAGCCUUUAUAUGUAGUUUUAUUUAUAAAUGUUUUUUCCUUUUAUUCAGUACAGCUUCACAUGUGUUUUGACAGUAUGUAUUCACACAUUGGGGCUAAAAUCACCAAAAACCUUAAAUCUGAGAAGGGACAUUUUUAAUAUUUUUGAUAUUUUUGAUAUUUGUGUAAUGAAUCUUAGAACUUAGAACACAAAUACGGUGUAGAACAUAAUUCACAAACUUGUGCAAAUUUAGCAAAUUAAAUAAAUGUGGUAAAAUAUUUUUCAUAAUAACCUUCAAGCCUCAGGAAGUUACUCUUUAGUAACUAUAUACACAACAAAUAAUGUCUCCUAUUCCAAAAAAAAUGUGUUUGUCCGCUUCAACAAAGCUGAAUAUGGAUCAGCCAGAUGGAGCCGUGAUGUGUGUCUUUGCAUCAGUUGGCCACUUGGCGGCAGUGUUGUCUUAUAUUCCUCCAUCUCCCACUGCAACCAAACGGCUGCUCAUGCUGUAAUUAUUUGAUGAUGAGCUUUCAGGUUUCAUUCCUGGCUUUACUUUCACUUUCAAUGUGGGGGCUGUGGCGGUUAUGGCUUGAAUUGAUUUUUUUUUCUUCCCCCCCUUGCAUACACCCUCAUUAGAAUGCCACCCCGGGCAAAUUGUCCAUCGGGCCCCUAGCUAGAACCGCUACUGCGUUCUUGCCUCAAAAUACAACAUCAUUGCCAGUGUUGAUCAUUAAUCUGGUUUCAGCAUUUCAAGACUCAUAUACAGUUUGAAGUCUGCCCUUUGAUUUGAAAGGUAGUGUCUGUGUGGCUUCACAUUGAAUACAUUGUAUAAUACACUAAAAUGUAUUAUUACUAGCUCAAAAUGUAUUAUAAUUUUAUAUAGUGGCCAGGCCCACAGAGUACUAGGCACCUUAUGAGAGACAGGAAGUUUAUUCAGGGUUAUUUUUCUCAAUGUCCAGAUCCCUUUAAAUAAUAAUAUCCAAUAAAAUAAAAAAACACAAACAAUUGUUCAUUAUAAUACAAAUUCUAAGAAAAUAUGUGUGACCUGUCAUGUUUUGCUGUUUCAUUUGGCUUUUUUACCCCCAGAAAAAAGAUGAUGAUAACCACAGAACCCAACAGAAAACAUAAAGAAACGGGGUCUGUCUGAUCCGUAUCCGUUCGGUACACAAAUUAAUUUUACAGUGUCUGGGAUAAUAGCGACUAACUAGCAAUGCCAAUAAAAAACAUAAGUACUUUGAUUUGUUUAGUUGUAUUGUUCGGUGGUUCAAUGUUGUUGUUUUUUACACUUGAAUGACUUGAAUAUUUCCUGUACCUUUCAUUUUUUUAUUGUUUGAAUCAUUUAACGUAGAAUAAGUCAGUGUCCGAUACUUGAACACUCAUUCCUGUCCUCUUUCCAACUGGAGUUUUUUUUUUCUCUCUCCCUCCCGCUUCCCUCCUCCCUCCCUCGCUCUGUUACUCUCAUUUCUGUGCCUAAAAUCAGGUUAGUGUUUUAUAAGAAGCUUAGCGCAGAGGGCCACAGUGUGCUACUAAUGUAAUAGGGUAUCUCUCUCGCUCUCUCCGUCUCUUCUGUCCUCUUUUCUCUUAUUGUGCAUGUUGUCCUCGUCCCGCCAUGGAAUGACCUUCUCUCUCUCUCUCUCUCUCUCUCCUUCCACUCACCCCCUCCCUUCUGCCUC